AUGGCGUCACAAGGCAGGAAACCACACUGGUCAAAUGCGGCUUCUUCAACUUCAUCUUCUACCAUUUCUUCUUCUUCGUCUUCUGAUUCCCCCACCCCCGCUACAACUGCUGGGUCUACAACACUGCAUCUGAAGAAACGGAAAUUGGAAGUCGCUACUCCAGAAACGAGCAGUAAAGUUGGAGGAGGCAAAGGAAAGGUACAGCAGCCUCAUCAGUCCAAAAAGAACUCCCAACCGCAACAGAAGAAAGAAGAAGUUAUGCUGGAAGCUGCUGCUGGCGGAGGAAGUAAGGAAUGUGAAGGUGCUGGGGCGGCAGCUAAGCGGAGGAGGAAAACGUUACGAUGCAGUGGUGAGAGUACGGACGAGGCAGAGGCCAAAGCUGCAGAAGCAGACUCCAGUUUUGGACAGAAAACACCUGUCGUUCUGCCUCAGAAGAAGCGCGCUUUACCAUCUAGUAGCGGUGCCUCGCCUGUUCGCAGUCCAGCGAGGAAGUCUGCCAAGGCAGUUACUUCUUCCAACGCUGCAGCAUCAGACGAGGCGGUAGACGACGAAACCCUGAUAAGAGAGACUGAAGCAGCUUUGAAAAGUCUCUCAGGAAGUUGGCCUGGACCUCGUAGUUCUUUUUACAACCGUGGUAUAACAGAGCACGAAGAGCGCUUUGAGUCGCCAACUUUCGAAAAUCUUUUUGAAGAGAAGAAAAUUAAUAACAAAAUGUCACCGUCCUCAUCUUCAUCUUCGUCGUCCGGUUGCAGCGAAUCCUCGUCGUGUUCCCUCAAGGAUGUCAUAACACUUCGCGGUCAGCAGCCCGACGGUAAAAGUUCCCGAACAGCAACAGACGGGAAAACACCAGGAGGAAUGGCGGCUAACACAACAGGUUCCAGCAAUCAACAGGUUAAACAACAGUCUGAUGGCAGCAGUAGGUCAUCAUCUUCAUCAGCAACGAAGUCACACUGCAAAACAAGACCCCAGGAUCGAGAUGUAUCUCAGCAACAAUCUGCUUAUCAAGAGGGGAAUGAUUUGGAGAAUCUGCUGAAGAUUGAGAACGAGUGUGCUACUAUACAGUCUCAAGUCGGGAGCAGUGUAUCUCAUGCACAAGUACAGGACACAAGAAGAAGUAGCGACAGUAAAGGCAUAAAAGACAAGCAUUUGUUGCCCGCAGUAAAUUCCUCAUCAGAUGCAACACCUUCCUCUAGUAGAGGAAUCGAAUAUGCGGCAACUUCAAGGUAUGAACCAGACUUCAACGAGUUGGUCGAUGAUUCCUCCAACGAGCUUGAGAUUGACAUGUCCGACCCAUCAGGAGACAAGGAGGACGACGAUGACUCGGACCGCAGCAACAAGACAGAAGACAGGCAAAAACGAAAGGAAGACAACGUAAAUCUGAAAGAUGUAGCUGCCAUUUCGAGUAGCGACCAACAGACUUCGUCAUCUUUCCAAGAUCGCCAGAAUGUGUUCGGUGCUGCAUCUCAACAACAGCGACAGUUUCAGCCGAACAAACCUUUAUGCACCAGUGCCACAGUGACCGGCACGAUGUUAUUAACUACAUCCACAUCCUCCCCUUCACCUUCUUCAUCCGUGUCCUUCUCCGCCACUUCCGCAUUCCGAGCUAUCAACAGCAGCCAGUCAUCGAAAGACACAGCGGUGUCACUUCGGUUACCUGCAGCGCCAUCUUCUAGCAUAGAUCUUCAGGGUUCAGUCGGAGGAGCGAUACCACCAAUAGGACCCUUUCCUGCUUCGGCAACAUUUGUUGGAUAUCCAGGAUCUGUCGGUCUGCAGGGUCAUGAUCCUGAAGGUGGGGCUGGUCAUCCACAUUCUGUAACGUCAUUGGACGAGAAGCACACUGCAGCAGCCGUAUGUCUUCUUCAGCUGAAGACAAACACCAAGGAAGAAAAUGGCGAAAAAGGACAGGAACUUGCUGCAAACGAAACAACGUCGCUUCCUGGAGCAAAGACGUCUUCGGUAUCGGUUGCGUCACCAGACGCAACUUCCUCCAAACAGUACACCAUCUUGCAGCCGGCUGGGGCAGGAUCGCGGGCUGCCACAGCUAUUCAGGAUGUGAAUCGGGAAGGUGUGCUCAGCGUGUCAGCAGUCAGUAGUAGCAGCAGUAGCAGCGCUUGCAGUAGUGGAGGCGUCCCUGUGGCGCCGCUACACCAUCAGCAGUCUGUUGCUAUCAGUACAGCUGCCGGCUCUGACACCAUCGGCACGGCCAAAAUGACCCCCGAGAGGAGUUGCUCUUCUGAUAUCAACCGCUCUGGACCACUGUCUCCAUCAGGCCUCAACAGGGAAGGCAACAAAUGCCCAACCCCAGGUUGUAACGGACAAGGCCAUGUGACCGGACUGUACUCUCACCACAGAAGCCUGUCAGGAUGUCCAAGGAAGGAUAAAGUUACUCCAGAAAUCCUGGCGAUGCAUGAGACUAUCCUGAAAUGCCCAACCCCUGGUUGCAAUGGUCGGGGUCAUGUUAGCACCAAUCGCAAUACUCAUCGGAGCUUGUCUGGCUGCCCUAUCGCCGCCGCAAACAAGCAGGCGUCCCGAGAACACAAGCUCCAUCAACACCAUCAUCGUACUACGGGGGCGGGGACGGCCAUUGCCACCGCUGCCUCCUUGGCAGUUCCGAACUGCCAGUCCAACUUCACGUCUGCUGCCGCUGGCAGUGGGUUCGUAAGCAAAACGUCUCUGGCCCCACCUUCACACAUGAUGGCGACCACCUCCGGAUGCUCCUUACAGCAGACGGACGUGAAGCCCUGCUACUCCAUGGGUUACGCUUCUACCUCGAGCAACGGCACUGCAAAAGAGACCUCAGACAAAUUCCCUCUAACCCCUGGUGGGAAAUCAGACUUCGUGCACUCGCCUUACUAUACUGGUAGUAGUGGGAAUUGUAAUAAACCGACGCCAGGAAACAUCAAACAGCCCAAAACUCCUGAGGAUAUCGACUCCCACAGCAGGAGCAGCAGUAGCACGGGCACAUCGACAGGGUCUGCCGGUAAAGUGAUCCCCAAAACAGAAGUGACGGGUGCAAACAGUUGCUGUAGUAACACUGGUAUCCGAGGCGAGUUGCUGGUACCCAAAACAGAAGCCGCUAAUGGGACUGGUGCAGGUGUUGGUGUAGGUGCUGUAGUGGGAGCUGCCGGCGCUGGUUCUUGCAGAUCGUGUACGCCACCUCCUCCAGCUCCCCUCAGACAAACUAGCUUCGAUCCAUCGCCAUAUCUCAAUCAGGAUUCUAAUUCCUCUUCUGUAUCCAGUAUGGACACAUUAGGGUCGCGAUCAGCGGUUGCUGGUGGCGGCGGUGGUGGGGGUGUAGGUGGUGGAGGGGGAGGUGCUAACCCCAUGUCAAGUGGCACGCAUCACCAUCUCCAACACCCCCCUCAUCCACACCACCCUGUACCUCAACACCAUCAACAUCCACAUCACCCACCACCGCCACCAGUACCUUACAGUACCAUGUCGCUAGUAGAAGACCCUCGGACACUUCAUCAGAUUUCUCAUAGGUCGCCAUACGAUUCCUCAGCAAUGGUAGCAACUUCAUCAGACGAACUUUAUCACCACCGACCAGAUCACUCUGGUAGACAGUACAAUACAAUGAACAGUGUGAACAGUAACGCUAAUAAUAUCAGCAGGCCGAUCGUGGCUUACUCCUCCGAAAUGGCAGUGCGCGCAUAUGACACAGGUGUUGUAACAGCUCCGGGACAUCGACCUUAUGAUCCGGGCACCGCAACAGCGUAUGACAGAUACGACACAACUCAACAAGCUUGCAACCCUCUUCAGCAACAGCAACAACAGCCUCCACAACAUCCACAGAGACCGCCUCCGCCACCGCCACCGCCUAGUAUGUACGGUUACACGACAAGUCAAGGAACCCUCAGCGAGCAUGAGCAGCAAGUGAGGGAGUAUCACCAAGAGGCCAUGACACAGCAGCAGCAGCAGCAGCAGCAUCAGAUGGCCGUGGCAGCAGCUGCAGCUGCUGGCAUGGCCGCUGCAUCUGCCGGAAUGAUGAAACCUGAAGGCUCGCCAGAGUCAGAACCCAAUACUGGCCCGCUGUACCCCAGGCCCAUGUACCACUACGACCCUGCUACGGGAGGAAUUCCUCCAGGUUUUCCGUCGGCGAUAAAUCUGUCGGUAAAAUGCGUCGCUGCUGCGCAAGCCCAGGCUCAGGCCCAGGCCCAGAUGAAAUCGUCUGAACCUACGUCACCAGGUGGCUCCGUCAUGGACCUAUCUACCUCUAGCGUCACCUCGACGAGUCCGCAGGCACCGGGUUAUGGAGCCAGCAGUUUGAGCCCCCAUUACGGGGGUGGUCAGAGAGGAGGCGUCGUGGGGGGCAGUCCUCAAGCUGCCGCGAGCCCUCACCAUACUGCCAGCCCCCAGGUACCCAGUCCACAGGGGCAGACCCUUGACUUGAGUGUCAGCAGGGUCCCUGCCAGUGACUCAACCAGUCCGAUGUACACGGGAGAAGCUGUUCCUGUGGGCCCUGGUUUCAUUGGCCCGCGGUCCAUAGAGGAGCAGACUGAACCAGUGGACUUUUCGACAGCCAACGAGCCAGUAAACUUCAGCAGUGGGGUGCGUCCAGUGCCUGGUUUCUCGACGGCGACAGGGACUGCAGGAGGCUACAGUCGGGAGUCAACGCCAGACAGUGGCGGCUCCCACUACCUGGACUCCUAUCGGGAAGCUAACGACCCCAUUUCGAUGCCUGUUUCAGGAUACGCGCCUAUGAGUCCUCACCCAGGGUAUGCCAUGGCGGGUGUCCAGGCUGAGUACCCUGCCAACAGCUACACCCCCUAUCCGACAGCUGCGUAUUCAUGUGGGGGCGGCAGUGCAGGCUACCCUGGGGCGAUACCUACCAGCUACCCGGCCCCCGCGUCUAGCGGAUACUCCCCUGGACCGUGUUACAGCAUGCCACCUCCACAACACCCACCUCCGCAGCUUGAAAAAGCACCUACAAAGGAUGACGGUUUGUCUGGAUGCCCACGUGCGGACCGCACACAGAUACAGGCGCACUCACAGGAACUAAAGUGCCCGACACCCGGUUGCGACGGCUCUGGGCACGUCACAGGCAACUACUCGUCCCACCGCAGUCUGUCCGGCUGCCCGCGCGCCAACAAACCCAAGAGCAAGCCACGAGACGGACAGGACUCCGAACCUCUAAGAUGUCCCAUUCCUGGAUGUGAUGGAUCUGGACAUGCAACAGGGAAAUUCUUGUCACACAGAAGUGCAUCAGGAUGUCCUAUAGCUAAUCGGAACAAAUUGCGUGUGCUGGAGAAUGGAGGAACAGUUGAGCAGCACAAAGCAGCUGUAGCGGCAGCCACCGCCAUGAAGUUCGAGGGAGUGAACUGUCCAACACCAGGCUGCGAUGGCACAGGGCACAUCAAUGGUUCAUUCCUCACACACCGCUCCCUGUCCGGAUGUCCUAUGGCUGGCAGUGGCCAAGCAGGACUUCCAAAGAAGAACAAGUAUGCACCUGAUGAUAUGAACAAUAUGUAUGCCAAGGCUCCACCAGGUCUAGAGGGUGGCCCUGGGGUUGGUCCAGGGGGUGAGGAUCUCAUCACAUUGGAGGCUGAAAUUACUGAGCUACAGAGGGAGAAUGCUCGUGUUGAAUCUCAAAUGCUGAAGCUGCGCACAGACAUUACAGCUAUGGAAGCACAUCUCAGGCAUGGAGAUAAAGAGACCCAGGUGAUCAGUCAACGGAACAAUAACCUCAACGAAUACUACGAGAGUUUGCGCAACAAUGUCAUCACCUUACUGGAGCAUGUGCGGUUACCAAAUGGAAAUGGUGGUGGUCAAGAGAAGCUGGGCCAUGAGAACUUUGAUAGUUACUUAAGCAAGCUGCAGACAUUGUGUACACCUGAUGGGUACUGCAGUGAUGAGAACAACCGACCCCUAUAUGAGACAGUGAAAUCAGCAUUGCAAGACUUCACUGUUCUUCCCACACCCAUCUAGUCACCCAGCUACACUGACUGUGCUCUUUUUUCAGCCUCAGUCUAAUUUGAAACUUGGUUCAGACAGUUUUAAGCUAAAUGAACUGUCAGACAAUGAAUGUCAUUUGCAUAAGUAAAGAUGUUGAUUCCCAGGUGUAUGAUUGGCCCAUCCUAUUAUAACAGAUAUUUUUAAAUGGCAGAACUUUAAUAAAGUUAUGAUAUUUGCCAUACACACAAAACAAAAAAUUAUUCAAAGUAAAUAUUUGGUAAAAUCCACUUUUUGGUUGUCAACUUUAAAUCAUUAUUUGUGACAGUGAUUUUAGUGAUGGUCAUCACACCAGUACAAGAGUGAAGAUGUAACAGCUUUUACAGCAUUCAACAAUGAAGGCAGUGUAUUUCCUGUUUUGUUGAAAUUGUGUGAUGGCUAUUCAAAAUGCUUGGAAAAUCCAUCCCGUAAGACAUGAUCCCAUGUCUUGCAUCAGACUAAAUCAUCGUCAAGUAAUUGGAAGCGCAUUUCUAUGCCACUGUUUUAAAAUGAAAUCAUCAGCCAUAGCAUAAAUUCACUAUAGUUGAUUUACAAAAAUGUUGGUUGGUUCUACCAAAUGCAUUGUUGAUAAUUUUGAAAUAAUGUCCACCAUCAAUUGACAGUUUUAGUAAAUCUCACCAGAGUAUGCACUUAUUAUAGACAGGAAAAAAUGUUUGCACAUGCUGGAAUUUAAUAAGUUCAAUGAAUCUGUUGAAACAAUUCACAAGAGCAUUUAUGAGCAGAAAUUGUAAGACUAGCAAAGCACAGUCACAUUAUUUUUGUGAACCUUGAACUGUCAGAAUUACGCCUAAUGGUGUAAGAUGGAAAUCAGAUUUCAUUGAUUAAAGAUGCAACAACUAUAUGCUCUUCUUCACGCAUAUAGGAAUUUUGAUCCUUAAUAACUGAUUUUACAUUUGUGAAUUGUUUGAAAUUAAGUCUUCAUAAGCUGUCUCUUCAGAUGUGGUGUGAUAUUAGUGAAAUUUAAAUUGACACUUCAAAAGGCCUUUGUAUCCUUAAGUAUGAAACUUCCUAAAUGUGAGGGCCCAAGCUAAACACAAAGGUGCAUGUAACAUAGUCAAGAUAUGAACGAUGUGAACUCUAAGAAUCUCAUUGAGGUGAUUGAUAGAUAUAUGCAGAUACCAAAAGUAAUCCUAUUUAUUUUUCUGCACUUCCAUUGUGAAGAAAGGACAGAAGUAUUUUUCACAUUGCUGAUGGUGAAGAUGUCGGCAAAUAACCAAAGAGUAGUUAUUGUGGUUAGUUGAUGGAGUUCCUCAAAUUUAUUUUUUCUUUUAUCAGGUUUGCAACUAACUAUUAAGUUUGGUAUGUAAAUGUUGAAAUCAGUGAUGUUUAUUGCUCAUUUGUACAGAGCUGUUGUUUUCUAGACCUAAGUGUGCAGUUUUCAUUUACAUAAUAAUAGUGAUAAGAUGUUUCAUAAUGUUUCAUUUACAGAUGUUUGCUAUGCAUAAUUAGUAUUGAUCUGUUCAUGUUUAUUGUUAAUGAUGACAUUGUUAUGUUUAUGAUAAUACGGUGCCAGCAAAGUGAUUAACUGGAUGAAUCUGUUCAAAAGUUCUUUUUCAUUUAUUCUAAUUAGGCAGCUUUUAUAAGUGUGGAACUUUUAUAUAUAUUAUAUAUGAAUACACUUUGGUUAAUUUUGUGUAGUAAUGUGCUUUGAUCACUGUUCAAUCUAAUGCAAUUAGUGAAAAAGAAUUUAUCAAAAUAAACAAAUAAUUAAUUCCACAGCAGCACAUCUGAAACUAGUUAUUCUAUACUAUAUUCAUAGGUGGUUGGCUAUGUUUGUAAGAUGAUCGAUGAUAACAAAAGACAGAUUUGUCGCAUAUAUUGCAAAAUGUGUGAAACCUGAACAAGCAAGUGCAACAUAUGAGACCAUCUUUCUCGCAUAAUACAGAGUGUCUGCUCCACAAUUAAGAGAUUUUGUUUUCAUGUCUUGGAUACAGAAACUUAAUAUAUUGUGAUGAUUCUCGAUGAUUCGCUCUUUCAAUUCCUGACAUAAUAAACUGUGCUAAAGCACAGUGAAGUUUGAAUGAACUUGCUUGCUGUAUAUAAAACCUAACAUCGUAGAAAUUUAUUUUAUAGCAAAUCUGUAAUAUUUUUCACCAAAAUAAUGUAACUUUUCCACUGAAUCAUGUUUACAAGUUGUGACCACAUUUUUCAAAUAAUGCUAGACACAUAUCUUAAGUAAAUGAGUAUUUAAAAUAUAUGUGGAGACAGGAAUUGUUUAGACAACUUGAAAACAAAAUCUCUGUGCCAUGCAAAGUGUACUUGAUCUUGGGGAAACUCCUUGCAGAUUCUCACUAGUCUUAGAAGCGAGGUUUUAUUUCUGAAUAGUAAACUAUGGUCGAUGCUUGAUAAUAGGAAACAACAGUUUCAUUUGUUUGUUAAGUACUGGUAAAGAAAAAAAUAGUCUGUUUAAAAUGUGAUUGUUGCUCCUGAAGCUUAUUGUUGCCAGGCAGACAUAUGUACAGUAUACAUCAUUAUUAGGUGAAGAACAAUCAAAAGGCACUCACCACCUGUUAUAAGCUCAAGAAUCAUUAUAAUAGAAAAGAGGUAUAACUGUAGAUAGCAUCUGAACUAUAGUCACACCUUAAAGUACAUAACUGCAAAUAAACAGAAGCUGUAUGGUUAAGAUUUCUGUUAACAUGCCAACACAAUCCUUGUGUCUAAGUGUGACAUGUGGCUAGCUACAAAAACCAAAACAAAACUACCCCCCCCCCCCAAAAAAAAAUGGAAAGAUAAGGUAAAAAUCACAAAAAUAAACUGUAGAUGAGUACUCUGUAUCACCUUGAAGCCAUGUUGGUGUAUAUUUUAUGGUCAUUUUAUUUUGUAUUUUUGUAACCAAGUGCUGUGACAAAAUGUUGAAUAUUGCUUUGUAGCCUCAACGAAAACCAAAGCCAAGGAGACACAGUAGGUGAGGACCCAAUGGGGGGCAUAGUCGACAUACUCCAGGCAACACUGGGUUCAUGACCGCACUGGAUCUCACAGUGACAUCAGAAUGAACCAGUGAGCCACUAGGACAUUUCAAGGUAUUUAUCUCAUGAUGUGAUAUUUGAUAGAAGAAUCGACUAGAGAAAGUAUUUUUUCCAUGGUCACAAUGACUUUGAUUAAUGUAGCAGGUGCAUAGUGUUUGUUUUUAACAUCAUUUUGCUGUAAUCAUUCCAAUAUAAGAAUAUAUACUCAGAGUUUACAAAUAUCUUUAAAUGCCCAAGUGGCCCAAUAACAAAUUAGAUUGUUUCCAUAUGUAAUAUAGUAAAAUACAGUAACAUAUAGUGAUAUAACAAUGUAUAAUAUGUAUGUGUUAUGAUGUUUCAAACUCAUGUGGGUAAAAUUCAUCACAAAACAUUUAUGUUGAAAAGAUCUCUGUGUGCCACGCUAUGAUUAAAAAUUUGGGAAGUGUA